AUGGCAUGGGGCGUGGACGAUAAAAGCCGCCGGGCUGGCCUAGAAUCGCCGCGCCCCCCUGGUCCCAGAGUCGUUAUCGCACCCAGGCACCCAGGCACCCAGGCACUCUCUUCCGAGUCCUCUUGGUACUCGACCUCCCCCGAACUCCACGGAACGCCCAAAACCAACCGGCGGCUACAGGGCUACGCCAGCUUGCCCUUCCCUGAACAAGAUCAUCGCGCCGCGCAACUUCAGCGGAAGGCCGCCCCCCCUUCCAACGUUGAUUUUCUCAAGUAA